GAAAUAAUAUGUGCAGAAUCAACAUUCCUUGUUAUGGUUGCUAUUGAAGCUUUUGAGACUUAUAUUCAGUCAGUGUGAAUCGAAGCUUGUCAUCAAAUCAAUAUAACAGAUCUAUAUCUUCAAAUAGAUUGUACUUCAAUAUUAAAUAUUAUGCUUUUAUGGAGCUAAAAAAAAGUAAGAAAGAUGACAUUAAGUUUGAGAAAGAAAACGUGAUUUCAUUCUUGCAAUGGAUAGUGAUGAUCUAAAGCUACAGUUCCAGCUUCUACAAGAACAACAACAACUAAAGCUGUUAGAAAGAAGAAAACGAAAGGAAGAGGCUAAUAAAAAUCUCAAGUCCCAAUCAAAAGAAAAUAUUUCCAAAUCAUUUGGAGUCAAUGAUGACUUAGGUUUAAAGCUUUCGAGUCCUGAACAAAAAAACACAAAUGGCAGCUAUAUAUCAGAAGAGCUAGUAAACCAUUUAAAUGAUCAAAUUCGACAAAUCAAAGAUGAAAAUGGAAGACUGUACAAGCUCCUGAAUGAGAAAGAUUUUGAAAUUCGACAAAUAAAAAAGAAAUCUGAAGAUUUUCAAAAUACUAUACUAGCAACUGGUGGUGCAGUGACCAAUGAAACAGCAGCUUCUAAAAUUAUUGAAUUAAGCAAGAAAAUCAGAGAGCUGACAGCAGAAAAAGAAACUGAAAAAACAAGAUAUAGGCAAUUGCAGAAAAAGUAUCAAGAACUCCAGAUUGAACAUCAAAACAAUAAUGUCAAUUUUGAGACUGCCUCUGUGAUUAGCUCCGCAAAGGGCACCCAGUCUCAACACUCAGACAAUAAGGAUGAGGAUGUUGUGGAUGUGAAAGCCCUACAAGACAGACUGAAGCAAACGGAGUCAAGGCUAACAGAUUUUAGAAAUCAGUGUCAAUCACUGAGACAAGAGCUAAAAAUAGCACAGAAGGUGUUGAGUCAGGAGAUUGGGGAAAAUGUCAACUUUCAAUCUCUUCUAAAUGAAACCAGCAGCUGGAGGGGCAGAGCACAACAAAUUAUUGCCUUACAACAAAAGGUGGAUGAACUAAAAUCGCAGCUAGACACAACUUCAACAUCUAGUCCCAAUAACGAGAAACUGUCAGCCAGAAAGAGAGAAGACAAAUACAAAGAAGAGUUAAAAAGAAUAGAGAAAGAGAGAAAAGAAGCCCAGGAAAAUUUAGCCUCCAAACAAAAAGUAAUUGAAGCAGAAAAUGAGAGUUUGAAAGAAAGACUGGAUGCUGCCAAAGCUAGAACUAAAGUUUUAUCCAAUGAAAUCAAGACACUCAAACCUCAAAUCCAGACUCUUUUAAAAAAAAGUAGAAACGAUGAUGAAUUCAUAGAUGCUCUGAUGAAACAGCAGGCCCAGAUGAAACAACUGCUGGAUGAACACUCCAAGCAUCAGAAUCAACAGCAGCAACAGCAGCAGCAGCAGCUGCAGCAUAUGUCCAUGAAAAGCCAACAGGACAGCAACAUUGUGGAGCAGCUCAAGGCCAUUGCUGCUCAGAAAGAGUCUCAAGUAAAAAUGUUGGAAAUGGAGCUGCAGCAUUUGAGAAUGGCUCAUGCACAACAACACAGUAUCACCAACGGUGACCACCAACUGUCUGAAAAUAUUUCCACUGCUAUCAUUGAAAGUCGACCAAGUACUGGCAUUCGCCUGAAAGAUGCAACUCAAACUGUUCUGACAAGUGCUCGGACGGGAUCAAGAGACUCCACCAGAACAGUGUCUGCACUUGGUGGCCAGAUAAAUGCUCAGAUUUCACUGGAGGAGUUAGCUGCCUUGCGCUAUCAAUGUCAAGAAUAUGAAAUAAUGAGUAGAGCAGUAGAAGUGGAAAAAGAUAAAAUGACAGAGCUAGUCAAGGUGCUUCAAGAGAGAUUGUCAGAAGAGACCCAGAAAUUAACUGAUGCACAAAAUGAACUUCAGGCUCAAAAAAGGUUAACAGUUGACUUGGAGAAAAAAAUAGGGAAAUUAAUUUUAGAAGCAGGGAAGAAAAAAGGUAACACAAAGGGUGCAAACUCAGCCAGAGAUUUGAGUACUGGUGAUGAUAGCAGAGAUGAAAGUGAUUUGUUUACUGAUAAAGGUGAACUUCUAACAAGGUUUGAAAUCCAAAGGGAUGAAAAUGAGACUCUGAAGGCUGCACUGAAGCGAACGAUAAAAGCAAAAGAAGAAGAUUUGAAAAUAUACAGCACGACCUUAGAAGAGACAAAAAAAGUGUUUUUACAGGCUUUACGACAGAUGAAACAGACAUGCUCCUGAUGACAAAUAAAACAGACAAAUCCUGAUGACAGAUUAAGACCUUAUGGUCAAGAAGUGAUAUGAAAUCUUGUUUUUACUAUUGGAUACUUUGUUUGGCUGUGAUUAACAUUUCAAUGAUGAAUUUCAAAAAAAAGUUUAGUUGAAAUAAAAUGUUGGUGGAAAAAUGUUCAUAAUCUGUUUCUAACAACAAAGAUUAGAAUCUUUUAUUCUUUUUAUUGAUUGUACAUAUGCCUAUUUUACAGUCGGGGUUAGUUUUUAGUUUGCAUCACUAUCUGAUUGAUGUACAUUCAAACACAAACAAAUGUUGUACAUUCAAACACAAACAAAACUUCAAAAUUAAAAUAGGUAAAAAAAUUAGUUCUACAGUACCUAAAAAAAAAAUAAUGUUAAGAAUAAACAAAUUCUUUUGUUUCAUGGUUACACAAAUACAUUGCUCCCUUUGGACAGUUAAGGACCACAUUCUAGUCUGCACCAGUUUUGAACAUGUUCAAUCUGUUUAUUCAAUUUUAAUAGCCAUAAAUCUGUGUUUACUUCUCAGUUCUCUGCCUUUCAAGUCUCUAAUGUGUCACAUUUUUUUAACUACUGGUAUCUUGUAGACACAAUAUGGCCUACAAAGUGCACAUGUCAUCUACCAUAAAAUACAACUGGAUUAAUAAAUAGCCACAUUGUACUCUGUAUUUUGUGUAGCACUUUCCUUGGUAACUGUUAUUUUUUAUUUCAAUUUAAAACUACCCUAUACAAAUAUAGUUGCACUUAAUAUUUAAAAGUUUGUUACUUUGGUCAUAAAUAAAAAAUUAAUUUUCAUAAACUCUAGACUCUGAAAAUACAGCCAAGCCAAAAGAUUCUCAUCGUAUAGAUGGUAAAAAAGAUGAGCCUAACAGUGGUAGAGAACUCUCUCCAUGACAGUUUACUAUAAUUACUGUAUAAUAAAUAUUGGUUUCUUUUGUUUAUUUUUAGUUAAUCAUCUUAAAUGUACUGGCAAGCCUCCAACUGAAAGUAUUUAAUUGAAAUGUUUUUUUAAAUGAUUUAAUUUACAACAUAUCUAACCUUAAGAGGAUGGCCAAUUUUUUAUCUCAAAUUUGAAUAUGAUAGAGAAUUCAUUGGAGAAAAUACAAACCAGGGACAAGAGCUUUGGGACAAAUCAGAUGUUUCAGCUUUAAAUUAAUCAUAGACAGGUUCACCAGUAUUAAUAGUUGACUUUCAGUACCGUUUUCUGUCUUUUCAUUUUCAAGUUGGAGGUUUCAGAUGACUAGUCUAAUAUCUGAGAUGUGACCGCCAGUGCCAGUUAGGAGCAUUUUAUUGAUGGUGAUAGCUGACCUACACUGAACAAUUCAAAUGCAGUCCUCCCUCCACUUGUUACUGACAGGUUAAAGUCAAACUGAGCAGAUAGAGCUGUCAACACAAUAAGUUAGUUUAUCUAGGAAACGAGUCCAUUCUUUUUCUAGCAAGUGAUGCUAAGGCUACGAGAGUAUAUCUGAGUAAGCAUCUAAGGCAGUCAGAUAACCAACACCAAAAUGGAAUGUCUAGCGUUUGUUAGAACAAGUUGGCACAAAAUCUAAGACUAUGAGAGACUAUGUUGCAUGAUCAACCAAUGAUCUCUUUAUCUAAGAUGCAGCUGUGUGCCCCACAAAUUUAUCUCUUCUAGGUACCGGGUACAUUCAUUCUCAAUGAAUAUUUAACAUGUACCAGUAUUUAAUUGAAGCAUAAAGUAACAAUAAAAUUAUUAAAAUGUUUUAACAAGUA